AUGGCUUCUUAUUCGCCCGUUAAAGAAGCAGGGCGCAUAUUUUCAUUGCUUUGCGAUCAAGCUGAGCGCCUCAAUCUUCCGGAGGAAGUGGUUGCAGGACAAGAUGCCGUAUCCUUCAAUUCAUCUCACGACCAAAUUUAUUUUCCAAUUCCAUUCAAGGAGACAGAGACGCUCGCUGCGCUGAAAGGUGUCGAGGGAUCCGUGGCGGCUGCAAUCGCAGACCUAAGAUAUGGACCAGCUGCACAGAAGCGCAAUGUGAAGGUCAACUUAGAACUCGCGACAGCGUUCGGUUGCCAGGCGUACAUGGCCAAGGUAGAUGGGCUAUCUAAACUGGACCCGGAGGUGAAAAAGAAGCUCAAAGAUACCGACUUGCUUGCUGCGCAGUCAAAUGGGUACCGCCGCAUGUCGGCAAAUUUAUAUAAGACCAAGAAUGAGGGUGAAUUCUUUCAUAUUCAUGGUUCGCUUGAGGCUACAACCACAUUAAACAUGAUCGGGUUGGAAGGGCACCGGCCAGACUUGACGGACUACGAGGAGGUCAUCAAGGUCAUCGAAAGCCACGUGCAGAAAUACUCUGCAGCUGAGCUGGAGGAAAUGAACAAGGAACGGAGGCAGGCGGGUGUAACAGCGUUCAAGUAUGACGACUUCAUCAAAACACCACACGGCCAACUCAACGUCCAAGAACCACCAUGGAAAAUCACCAAACUUUCUGGAAAUAUCGCACCAACACCAUUCCCUUCUGCCAAUGGUAGCCAGAAAAUCUUGAAAGGCGUCAAAGUGCUUGAACUUUGCCGAAUCAUCGCGGGUCCCACCGUUGCCCGUAUCUUAUCGGAGUACGGCGCAGACGUACUCAAGAUCACGAGCCCCCACCUCUCAGACGUUCCUUUCUUCCAAGUUGACGGGAACAUGGGUAAGCAUGCUGCGGACCUCGACCUCAAGACCCCCGAAGGACGACAGAUCUUUGAAACGCUCCUUGCAGAUGCAGAUGUCCUUGUAGAUGGAUACCGCCCCGGCGCACUAGAACGCCUAGGUUACGGGCCGGAAUCUCUCGCCACCCUCGCCGAGAAGCGCGGAAAGGGCAUUGUCUAUGUUAACGAGAACUGCUUUGGCUAUGAGGGUGAGUGGGCUGGCCGACCGGGCUGGCAACAGAUAGCAGAUUGCGUCACAGGGAUUGCAUGGGCACAGGGACAGUUCAUGAAACUUUCCAACCCUGUGGUCCCACCUUUCCCAAUCUCCGACUAUGGCACGGGCUGCAUGGGCGCAAUCGCGGCAUUGACGGGACUUUACAACCGCGCCAGGUACGGCGGAUCGUACCACGGAAAAGCUUCACUGAUGCAUUACGACCUUCUCCUGUUCGCCGUCGGGAAAUACUCCGAAUCUGUGCAAGAAGCCAUGCGCACGAGUCAGAACAAGGAGUUCUUCGCCCUGCGACACUGCGAUAGCGUCGACCGGAUUUCGUCGACCGUGCUGAGGGGCAUGAAGGAGCGGUUCCCGCAUCUGUAUCUGUCACCUAAAGCUGGGACCGAGGCUUUGACUGAAAAAUGGUAUUCGAAGGCGUACAGCGCAGACAUCGAGGUUGUGAAGCCGAUUGCGGAGAUUGAUGGCGUGGAUAACCAGUUUGAGAGGGCAAGCCGACCGAAUGGGACGGACAGACCUUCAUGGGACGACUUCGGAAUGGACGAUGGAGACAAGAGGUUGAUUUAG